GUUUAUUGUUGAUAUAGAGAACUAUUUGUACCUGACACUUAUAAUAACUAGUACCUGAUAAACGCAAAGUUAAUGAUGAGCUACUCAAAACACAUUUAACGACCAUUUCAUGUUCAAUUUUGCUUUAAAUAACAUCCAAUAGAGGAGAAAUUAGUCACACAAUAAGAAGUUUUACGAUAACACACUUGAACGAUUAUUUUUUCUUCAUCAUCAGUGUUUGGGAUAGCGUCUGACUAAACAUUUGUUUUAAUGGGCAACUCAAUUCCAUGUACAUUUCAUCUCGAUAAAGAUGUCUACAGCUGUCAUGUCACAGAGCAAGUUAUUCCAGAAGCUAGCGAUGUAAAACUUGAUGGAAAGCAUGUUGAGAAACUAAAGGAAAAGGAUGUCGUUGCAGUCUGGUUCAACAACUGUACAAUAACAAAGAUUCCAAAAGGACUCACAAAGUUAUAUCCAAUGCUCGAAAGUUUAGUCAUUCAUAACUCAAAAAUUAAGGAAAUUACCAAAAAUGAUUUGGAUGAAUAUAAAACUUUGAAGAAGCUUGAUUUGUCAACACAAGAAGUUGAGUUCCUGCCUGCUGAUUUGUUUGAAAGUUUUGAUAAUUUAGAGCAUAUUGACUUCAGUAUGAACAAGUUGAAGAUAAUUGAGCCGAAAGUAUUUGAUGGACUAGACAAGCUGAAGUUUGUUAAUCUUGAAUUCAAUCCACAUUACUUCCUUUUAUUCUCAACUGAAGCUGACAACUUUUCAAAUAGAAACCUUAAAGAAUUUAAGAAGAAGCUCAUCAUUAAAUAUCCAUCAAGUUUAGCUAUGACAAAUAAGGAAGUAGAAAUGCGAGAUUUAGGUAACAAUCCACACGACGAACAAGAACAGCAUGCAGCAGACAAAAUAUCAGAAUCAGUUCUAAUUGCCAACCUGAAAACCUUCUUUGAGCAUGACAAAACCUUUAGAGACUUCUCAAUCACAAUCGAUGAUCGACUUUUUCAAGUCCACAAGUCAAUUAUUGCAGCAAGAAGCCCAACACUGGCUGACAUUUUAAGAAACAAUCCUGAAGCUGAAAAUUUAAAUUUGGUUGACAUUCCGUUGGAUAUUUUUGAAAAAAUAUUAAAAUUCAUCUACACUGCUGAACUUCCAAAGGAUGAAGGAAUUAACUUUUUGCAUCUUUUUGCUGCUGCUGGAAAAUUGAAAAUUGAGGACCUGAAAAAUUAUGCAGCAUCAAAAAUAAAAGCUGAAAUCAACACAGAAAAUGCACUUGACAUUAUCAAAUUAAGCAACAAGUAUGAACAUUAUGGAUUAAGGCAGAAUGUCUUUGAUAUGCUUAAGAAAAGAUAUCCUGAAGUUAAGUUUAAGGACGAGUGGGCUAACGAUGUUGAGAAGCUCAGAGAAAUUAUGAAUUUUAUUAAAAAGAAGGAGGAACUGAUUUUAAAAUUAGGAACUGAAUUUGAGAAUUUGAUGAGUUAAGAAUUAAGAUUUGGACGUAAAUGUUUAUAUGCCUUUACAAAUAAUAAAUAAAUUUUUUUUGUAUGAC